AUGCUUGUAACUACUCAUGCUGCACGUAAAGGUAAACAAAUACAGAAACUUUCACAUUUAUUGCAUUCAAAACAAAGAUCUUUAAUUGAAAUAUUAUUGUCUCUUGUUUACUUUGUUGGUGAGCCAGUUUGUCAUGGCAAAAAAGAAAAGAAAAAGAAAAUUAAUUUGUCAAAAUCAAAUUUAUCUUGUUCAUCAUCAAGUGCAUCACCUUGUUCGUGUAUAAAUGGUUCGUGA